AUGACACUCGAUGAUAAACUUGAUUUUGUCCAACAUAUUUUAACUCGUUAUAUCUUAACAAUAUGUUUUAUAUUUGGUCUUAUUGGAAAUUUAUUAAAUAUUAUUAUUUUUUGUCGAAAACAUCUUCGAAAGAAUUCCUGUUCAGUUUAUUUUAUAACCACAUCAAUAUUUAAUUUGCUUGUUAUUUGUUUGGGUAUUAUUCCUAUAGUUGUAACAUCCUAUUCAUCUUAUGAUUAUUCUUCACAUUCGAUUAUCUAUUGUAAAUUUCGAGGAUAUAUCAUGCAUGUUUUAUUAAUGAUAUCUCGUUCAAGUGUUGCUCUUGCUUGUAUCGAUCGAUUUGCAUUAUGUUCACCAUAUGUUCAUAUUCGUGCUCUUAAUCAACGACGCAUAGCUAUACGAUUAAUACUUAUAGCAUGUUUGCUUUGGUUUAUUAUACCUAUUCAUAUACCUGUUCAUGUUAAUAUUCAAAUGCCAGGAAGACGAUGUGGUACCAGCGGUACUUAUUCAGUUGUAUAUGCUAUUUACGCAGCAAUUGUUACUGCAAUACCUCUAAUAAUUAUGGUUGUAUUUUCAUCUUUAACUAUUCAUCAUUUAAAACAUAUUCGAUCUCGCGUUCAUGCAGACAUGUCAAUACCUACUAUGAAUAUUCAAAGUAGACUACGAAUAAGAAAACGAGAUGCACAAUUUACAAGAAUAUUGAUUAGUGUAGUAAUUCUUUAUUUUUUCUCAACAAUAUUAUUUCCAAUAUACUCAAUGUAUACUGCAUUUACAUUUAAAAUUUUUAAAGAUGCUAAUCAUAUGGCUAUAGAAGGAUUUCUGCGUUAUAUUGCAAUUAGUUUUUUAAUUUAUGUGAAUUCAUCGUCAAUAUUUUAUAUUCAUCUUUUAGCUUCAAAAGCAUUUCGUCGAGAAUGUAAACAAUUAUUUUUACAAUUAUAUAAACGAAAACAAAGUAAUAAUGUACCAAUACCAUUAGCAGCCAUAACAAAUGCUAGAGAACAAUAG